AGCAAUAAAAUAAUGGCCCCCAUAGUCGACAAUAUUGAUCCCACGAUCCAGAGCCUGCGGGAGUCGCUGUGCUCAGAAGCCACUCCUCUUCCCGUUCGGUUUCGCGCGCUCUUUUCUCUCAAGCACCUGGCCUGCCAUUCUCAGGAUGCGAGCGCCGAGGCCGCUAUCGAUGCGAUCUCUGCAGCCUUUGCCUCUCCUUCUGCCCUGCUGAAGCAUGAGCUGGCCUACUGCCUUGGCCAAACCCGCAAUCUCUACUCUGUCCCACCCCUGCGGAAAUGUCUGGCCGAUCUGGACGAGGAUCCGAUGUGCCGUCACGAGGCCGCAGAGGCGCUGGGCGCUAUCGGUCACGAGAGCCAGCUGGACAUCCUCUGCGAGUAUAGGGAUCGCAAGGGAGAGAAUGUGGCUGUGAAGGAGACCUGUGAGAUUGCCAUCGACCGAAUCGAAUGGGAGAACUCCGAAGAGAGGAAACAGGAGAAGUUGCGCGCGAGCGACUUCGCCUCUAUCGACCCUGCGCCUCCGAUGCCAGAAUCUAAGAAAACGGUUGAAGAGCUUGGAAAUGAAUUGAUGGACACGAAUCUCCCCCUGUUCCUGCGCUACCGAGCCAUGUUUGCGCUGCGCGAUCUUGCUUCACCUCCCGACCUGCCAACCGCCGUUCCUGCAGUGCACGCCCUCGCACGCGGCUUUGACGACUCCUCUGAUCUCUUCCGUCACGAGAUCGCUUUCGUCUUCGGUCAACUCUCGCACCCCGCUUCUAUUCCCGCCCUUACAUCCGCGCUGGGCAACCUGAAGGAGGCCAGCAUGGUGAGACACGAGGCUGCCGAGGCUCUCGGAAGCCUUGGGGAAGAGGAGGGAGUUGAGGAUAUUCUGAAGACUUUUCUCAAGGACCACGAUCAGGUGGUUCGUGAAAGCGUAAUAGUUGCGCUUGACAUGGCUGAAUUUGAGAAGGGCGAGCAGACCGAAUACGCUUUGAUUCCUGAGGCUGCCACUGCAGCGUAG